UUCAAUCGCUAAAUCAGCUGUAUUGCUCCUGAUGUAUAACAAUCCACUUGAUACUUGCUGGUUUCAUCCAAACUCGAAUGGUAGGAUAUAGGAACUCAAAAGCAUACUCAUUUUUAUUAAACCUCAGUUUUCUGUGUGCUUAACUUUAUUCAGUGUUUAUCUUGUUCAAAAUCGUCUCACUCAUAUAGUACUGACUUUUUUUGAAGGCAUAAUAUCAGGAUUAGGACAGUAUCUAUAUCUGUAACGUGUGUGAAUAAAAGCAGGAGAGGAUGAAAAGAAAGGACAAACAUGUAUACUUGGAGAUAAAAUACCACCUUUUUCGCGGGGGCUGGAUUGGGCGCGUUGUCGUUGAAAAUAGCAAGAGCGAGAAGCCUUUUUUUUUUGCAUUGGUUUGCAAUAGCUCUAUUAUUUCUUUUUCAUCACCGUCCACUUCACUCAGCAAUGGCCCUACCACCAGAACACAGACUCGCUUUUACUCCAAGCGAGAUGGAAUUCAUUGCUGGCAACGAAAUGAUAAAGAUUAUACCGAAAGAAAAGAUGAACAAAUUGCAGUUCAUUCAAGGCAUAUUUGGUCCAUUCCAACCGCCAAUAGAAGCAGAGGUACCAGUUUGGCUGGCCAUACUGAUGAAAAAGAAUAAUAAAUGUUCCAUCGUUUGUCCAGAGUGGCUUGACGUAGGUAAAGUCAAGGAUCAGUGUCAUCGAUCGAUGAAAUAUUUGAAACAAAGACACGCCGAGGAAGAGAAAGAAGAUGAGUUCAGUAAGGUGCCCUUCCAUUAUCUAGAAUUGUCACAGAUGUUAUUAGAAACUGCUCCAGAUGAUAUACCCGAUGCAGAACAAGUACGACAGGCAUUGAAAGAUUUAAGAGAAACCAGACAAGUGAAAGCAAAGUUAGGUCUGAAUAUCCUAGACGAUCGAUGGCUUCAUAUUCCUAAUAUGUCAUUAAUGGAAAUCAAUGAAAUCAAACCCUUCUAUUCACGGGCUUUUGAGGAAUUAAGGAGGAUCCGCUUGAAUAGUCGAGGAGCAGGGUCAGGCGAAGAAGAGGAAGAUUCACAUCUUAUGAGUUCCACAAUGUAUUAA